AUGUCGGUGAAUUACGCCGCAGGACUUUCUCCAUAUACGAAUAAAGGAAUCUGCGGCCUUCCGGAGGUGUUUGACAGUCCAGAGGAGCUGAAGGCUAAAGUGGAGACACUGGCUCAGUGGAUCAGGGAGUCGCAGUACAUGGUGGUGCAUUCAGGAGCUGGAAUCAGCACGUCGUCAAGGAUCCCAGACUUCAGAGGUCCUAAUGGAGUGUGGACGAUGGAGGAGAGAGGCGAGAUGCCUCACUUUAACACCACAUUUGAGGACGCGCGUCCCAGUCUGACUCACAUGGCGCUGCUGCAGCUGCAGAGGACAGGACACCUCAAAUACCUCAUCAGCCAGAAUGUAGACGGCCUUCACCUGCACUCCGGCUUCCCCAAGGAUCGAUUGUCGGAGCUGCAUGGGAACAUGUUCGUUGAAGAAUGUGAGAAGUGCGGCAAGCAAUAUGUCCGGGACACUGUAAUUGGAGUGAUGGGUCUGAAGCCAACCGGACACUACUGCGAUGUCACACGCUCAAGAGGACUCCGAUCUUGCAGAGGGAAGCUGAUCAGCACUAUAUUGGACUGGGAGGACUCACUGCCUGACAGAGACCUGAAUAGAGCCGAUGAAGCAUGUCGGCAAGCUGACUUGGCCUUGACGCUGGGUACAUCUCUUCAAAUUAAACCUAGCGGAGAUCUGCCUCUUCUAACCAAACGCACAGGAGGGAAGCUGGUUAUAGUCAACCUUCAGCCUACCAAACAUGACAAACACGCCCACCUGCUUAUCCACAUAGUAGAUGAGGUCAUGGGUCAACUGAUGAAGCUGCUGGGAUUGGAGGUUCCAGCGUGGGCGGGGCCAAUGCUGUGUGAAAGCUCAGGUGGAGAACUGAACAUCCUCCCAUUCGGAGCCUGGAAAAAGGAAGUGAAGAUCGAGCUGAAGAUAGAGGAAAAUAAACACGCCGUCCCAAAGAAACGGAAGAAACUGGAUGGAGAUCUUGCUGUUCAAAAAAUGCUCAAGCAGAAACGCCAAAUAAAACAACAGAGGCACGGGGAAAGGCUGGAAAAACACAGAGCUCGUGUUCUGAUCGCUCUGGGGACCAGAUCUGUUCCGGUAAAGUCAGUAGACGCUUCUCUUAUGAUCAAAGAUGAAUGA